UAGCCAUCCAGCCUUGUUUCUCUUUCUAUUUUCGUUUUUUGAGACCCUUAAUGACUUCCAUGUUCCUUCCAUAUUGCCCACCAUUAGGACAGUCACGUGACACAUCAUUCCUCCAUAUACCUACCAUGUUAAUUGUUAACAUGAAAAGACACCCUUGGAUCUUUCACUGAAUCUGACAUUAUCAAUUCGCUGCCAGUGAUUCCCCAUCAGAUUGUGGCACAAAUGUGCCGCUCAAACGUUAAGAAUCGACUUUCUUACAUCAUGCAUUUGAGUGCUAUCCUUGUUGUCGUCUGCUGCAAACAACUAACGGUUAUCCUGCGCCGAUUUCUUUCUGAGAUAGGAAGCUCGGUCCAGUUCUAAUCCAGAUGCAGCAGGUCGCACUGCAGCAUUACGGUGCUUCCCCUCUUCGCAGUCUUGGCAUUUAUACUGCCACCACUUUUAAAUCCCUGCAAUCUGCCGUUCAUCCCAGUAGUUGACUUCGGGUGGCGGGUGGAAAUUAAAGCUUGUCACCGACCUAAUCAAGCUUGCUUUUGCUUGGUGCCUGUUCGCGAUGGCGGGGGACUCAAGCCGACGCCCGACGAUGGGAUGCAACGUCGUCACCGAAUGUCAGCGGAUACGACAAGACGAUAAAUAAAACCUUCCCUGGGCUGCCCUCACCUGCGUCUUGACCCCCUCCUUGGACCGAGACCAGGCACCCGUCCCACGGUCAAUUCCAGAGGCGCCUGUACUCAGAACCAAGAUGCCGCGUCUCCCGCACCACCCCGUCGCGGCGCUGCUGCUCGUCGGCGCCGCCUUCACGGCCGCCGUGCCCUGCACGCCCCGCGACCCGUUCAAGCCAAUUGACCCGCAGAACUGGGUGAACCCGGAAAACAUGACCUGGGCCGACUACAAGCAGAUUCCCGGCACCAACUGGUCCGACCCGAGUCGUAGGGGAUCCAGCAGGAACUUCAACAUCGCGCUCGUGACGGUUGACUACACCGACAGGCCAUUCAUUGUCACGCAGGCGGUGCAGUCCACCAUCUUUGGGAACCCACAGCCCGAGGUCUCCGGGCUGAAGAGGGAGGAUGUGCCCAACUACUACAAGGAACUGCUCAACGUUCCGACUGAGCUCAACCGCGGCCACACGCUGCACGAGUACUGGAUGGAGGACUCGGCCGGCAAGUUUGGCGUCGAUCUAACGUCGUUUGGGCCGUAUCAGAUGCCCAGGCUCGCAUACCAGUACGGUGUAACAAACGACUUCAACCAGGGCGCUUGCCCACCAGACCAGAGCUGCAACGUAAACAUCCGCACCGACGCGCUCGCAGCAUGGCGGGCGGAAAUAGGUCCUGAGGAGGCCGCUAAGUUCGAGCUUGUCUUUAUCCUUUCCGCAGGACAGGACGAGUCUGCCACGUGGCAAGAGUUUGGAGAGAUGCGUUUCCAGACUCGCGAGGACGUUCCCGAGGAGUUCGGUCCGCCUUCCAACAGCUCACUGCCCAACUGGGGCCGCACUCGAUACGUUGAGUGGACAAGCUGGGCUUCUGCCGCGACACUUUGGCCCAAUGCCGGCAGCGGUAGCAGCACGCAAGGCGAAAGCAGCGGGAUGGCUGUUUACGCUCAUGAGCUGAGCCAUUUGCUAGACAUUGGUGAUAACUAUAACAACCCUUAUGGAGUUCCGCUGCAGAGGACUUACACCGGACCUUGGUCCAUGAUGUCAAGAGGAAGCUUUAACGGCCCUGGUGGACCUCACACCAGAUGGCAGGUCCCGGCACUCAAGGGCGGUAGCCAGGGAUCACUUCACACCAUCCGUGACAAGGUGGUGCUGGGACUGGCCUCAAACCAAAGCGUGGUACAACUAACACGUGAGGGACUGGCGGAUUCAGGUCUCGUCGUGGCGACUUUCACGGCCCGUUCUGUGGCCCCCGGACCUGGAGGGUUGAUGGGCUUAAACAUUACACUUGGAGCUGGAGGUGACCUUUCGCCCCCUUGCAGUGUCUCCACGGAUGUGUUCUGCGACGGCCGCGGCUACCACACCUACAUGAUGGAGGUUGUUGAUCGCAUGGGAAGUGACUCGUUUACGCCCGACUCUGGCGUCAUGAUAUCCAAGACGAAGAACGUCGGUCCGAAUGGACAGUGGCCAUCCCAGCCGUUCCAAUGGAUGAUCGACGCCAACCCUCAAGAUAUCGAAAUGGUUGACUUCAUCCGGCCCAACGGCAGCGUUGCCAUGAUCACCCUCGGUGAUUACCGCCAGCUCUCCGAUGCCCUCUUCCACGCCGGCACACGCUCCGGCAGUGAAUACGAGUUCCGUGACGAGGCCAACCGCCUGCACUUUUACAUCCUCGAUAAGCACCGCGACGCCGACGGCAUUUUGUCGUACACUGCUGCCGUGAGAUCCCUCGAUGGCUCUGGCGGAGCUAGCACGCGCGGCGUUGAACUCGCUGAGGGCGUAGUUGGCACCGCUGCCGCUGGUGCCGCUACGGAGGCUGGACUUACUUGCUUCUUUGAGCUGGCAAACACUGGCGAGCAGAAGGCCGCCGGAGGGGCGCUACACCCGCAGCAGAACAUUGAGGACUUCCUGAGCUCCGAUGUGUACAGGCUGACGGCAGAGGUGGAGGGCUCUGGGUGGAGGGUUGAGGUACCGAACGCGUUGGCGCAUGCCAAGUUCGGUGAAAAGGUGUGGGCCUGUGUCGCUGUGGGCGCAUCUGCCGAUGCUGCUGAUGAGGCUGUUGUUACUCUCCGGGCGGUUUCUGAGUCGGCCGGAGAUGUUACUGCCACUGCUGAGUGCCGGGUUACAAAGGUUUAGGCCAAUGCACUGGUGCUGAGCGCUUCAUGAGCUGUAAAUAUCCAUAAUGAAACAUGACCCGACCCGUGCCACCCUUGCGGAGGUUCAGGAUACGCAUACAAAAACUAGUAAUGAGAACGGCACUAGCAUGCGACAGACAUUCUUAGAUGCCUAGAAGCCCAUUUCCCAUUUCGGUGCGUGAAAUAUUACAAUCAGAUGAGGCAUCUGGGACUACACUUCGAAUCCACCGACCUUUGUUCUCAUAGUUUCGGAGGUAAAUUAUUCUCCAGGACAACUAAG